ACGGUGUGCUUGAUUUAUCCACUAAGAAGAGUCCUUGUGCCGGCAGCACCUCUCUGAGUCAUUCUCCAGGGUGCUCCAGUACUCCGGGAAAUGGGCGACCUGGGAGACCCAGCCAGCACCAUCCGGAGGGACUACAGAGUGGUGAUGGGGUACCUCCAAGAAGCUUGCAGGAUGGAACCAGGGAAGGUUAUGGCCACUCCACAUCUCUUAAAGUACCGCUGGCUCGAUCACUCCAGAUUAGUGAAGAACUGCUGAGCAGAAACCAGUUUUCUACGGCUGCCAGCCAUGGGCCAUCUGGACUACAGAAUCAUGGACAGCACUUAAUAUUAUCCAGGGAGGCUUCUUGGGCAAAACCACACUACGAAUUCAAUUUCAGCCGCAUGAAAUUCAGGGGAAAUGGUGCACUCAGCAACAUCAGUGACCUUCCUUUUCUUACAGAAAACUCUGCCUUUCAAAAAAUGGCACUUCAAACUAAACAGGAUGGGAAAAAGGACGUGAGCCAUUCGUCUCCUGUGGAUUUAAAGAUACCACAAGUUCGAGGCAUGGACCUUUCAUGGGAGUCCCGCACUGGUGACCAGUACAGCUAUAGCUCUUUGGUAAUGGGUUCACAAACGGAGAGCGCACUUAGCAAAAAGUUAAGGGCUAUCCUUCCAAAACAAAACAGGAGAAGCUUGCUGGAUGCUGGACCAGAUUCCUGGGGCUCAGAUGCUGAGCAGUCUACCUCUGGACAGCCAUAUCCCACCUCAGAUCAAGAGGGAGAUCCUGGCUCCAAGCAACCUAGGAAGAAAAGAGGGAGAUACAGACAGUAUAACAGCGAGAUACUGGAGGAAGCAAUCUCUGUGGUUAUGAGCGGGAAAAUGAGUGUUUCCAAAGCUCAGAGUAUUUAUGGGAUCCCCCACAGUACACUGGAGUACAAAGUUAAAGAGAGGCUGGGCACUUUGAAAAACCCUCCAAAGAAAAAAAUGAAAUUAAUGAGGUCGGAGGGGCAGGAUGUUUCAGUAAAGAUUGAAUUAGAUCCCCAGGGAGAAGCAGCACAAAGUGCGAAUGAAUUGAAAGAUGAGUAGGGAUGUUGUAGAGUGCCAAUUACUUUGCAAACUGGGUGAGCACUACUGCAUAGUUCAACCACCACUGAGCGCACCUGAUUCUCCUAUUUACUCCAAUGCUCUUUCCUUUGCAGUUUAGCAUUGACUUGUGUGGACACAGGUGAAAGGUGUGCUCCGAAUGUCACAUGUGUAAAUUUUUCUAGCCUGGUAUGUCGCAGUUUCCCUCCUUCACCUGCCCACUUUCCCCCCCUUUUUUUUUUCUUUUUUUUUUCUUUUGCCUUUUGCAUGUUUCUCUGCAAUAGAGAGUUGAGUUACCUCACAAAGAAUGCAGAUCUGUGGAAGUGGACAUCUUACCUGUAGAGCCUGCCUGAACUUCUGGUGUUGGGUUUUUCAUGUCUGCCUUUAUAGAAAUAAGUCCACUUUGUUAAACUGAUACUCUCUUAAAACCAGGCUUUUUUUUGAAUGAUAAUCAGACUGUCAUUCUACAAAAUGUUAAAGAAAUCUUUUUUUCCCCUCCUUUUCUUUGAUCCAGUUGAUUGAAAGAUCUAAGCUAAAUCAAGUUAUUUAGGAAUGGCACCUCUCUUGAACUCAGAGAUUUGUUUAUUAGACAGAUAAUCAAUUGGUUCUAAUUAGGCUCUCCACUAUUUUCUUUCUAAAUUAAACGUACUUACCAUUCACUGUCUGCUUAGUGCUCACCCGGGGGGGAGGGGAGGGAAAACUUGCAUACACUACCUUCAGAAUAUGUCAGUUAAUUAUUUGUAACACUACCUUCGCUGUAAUUUUAUUUGAUAUUUUUGAAGG